AUGAAGUUCAACACGCCCUCAAUGGACCCGCCGAAGCAUGAAAUGGCCUAUUUCCCCAACAUGACGACGUCGCUACCCAGCGAGUCGGCCGAAUUCCGUCGGGUCUUGUGGACGGGGUUGUACAGCCAGUUGGUCUUGAUGACCGUGCCGGUGGAUGGGGAGAUUGGAGACGAGAAACACACCGUCGACCAGAUCCUGACCUUCACAUCCGGCAAGGGCAAAGCCACCAUCAACGGCGUAGACCAGGAUGUAAAGGCGGGGGAUCUCAUCAUCGUGCCCGCUGGCACACAGCACCAGUUUAUCAAUACCGGACCAACACCUUUGAUCUUGUACACCGUUUAUUCCCCCGCCGAGCACAAGCCGACAACCGUGCACAAGGACAAGGCACAGGGAGAUCGUGAGGAGGAUGAGGGUAUCGAUGAGCCACCCGAGUGGAGCCAGAGGAGUAAACAGGAGAAUGAGAAGCUGGGGCUCGUCGAUGCGGAGGGCCAUUGA